AUGGGGAGGAGGAAAAAGCGCAUCCUUGCCUCCCUCCCUUUCUCUUCUAAGUUCUCUCGUUAUGUUGCUAUCUCGGCGCGGGCUGCGAAGUCUUCUUCUUCUCAUGCUCCGGCGACUGAUUCGAAGAAAGGUCCCGGGUCCGUUGGACCAGUAGGCUCCUCAAGCCUCGGGUGUGACCUGCCGUCUACUCAGAAUGGAGCUGGAGCCGUUAACAAUCCCUCUCUGGAGUUGAGUAAUGUCGUCGCCACCGGACCUCUGGGUUUAGUGGAGGAAGCAUCUCCUCCUGCUGAUCUCGCUGGUGCUACUACUGAUGUCGCGCCUGUUAUAUCUAGUUCUUCUCCGGAAUCGGAGAUUGUAUCAAACAAAGCCAAGUCAACCUCUCAAUCCAAGAGCGAGACAAGGAAAUACUCUGAAGUGUUACAUAAGUCAUCCCUGCUCGAGGAAAUUGGAACUCCAACGCAGCACAUUUCUGGAGCUCCGUUUGUUCUGAUUCCCGAUGAGAACGUGGAGGAAGCUAAAGAGGAAUUUCAGGAGUUUCUCUUUGCAAGGUUUCAUGGCGAUGCACCGGAUAUGGGUAGGAUUAUUGGUGUUGUCAACGCCAUUUGGAGUCACUCUGGUCCAAGAAUCUUUGUUCACCGGCUGAGCCCCUUAACCUUUUUACUUCGAAUCACCAGUCCUCGUACUCGCGCUCUGGUGCUUGCAAGAAGUGUUUGGAUAAUAGCAGGAUUGCCAAUGUAUGUGGCGCCUUGGUCCCCGGAGUUCUCUCCAGAAGAGCCUCAGAUCUCUACAGCAGUUGUUCCUGUUGAACUUAGAGGAGUGCCUUACCUGCUGUUUAACAAACAAAGUCUCAGCCGUAUUGCCACGGCAAUUGGAAAGCCAGUUUCUCUCGCUCCUGAAACAGAGAGAAAGGCAAAUUUUGAAGUCGCGAAGCUAUGGGUACGAGUGGACUUGCUAGCUGAUCUGCCUUCAAGAGUUGUUUCGGGUUUCACAAAUGGAAGAGAAGUGGAGAUUGAAGUGACAUACCCGUGGUUGCCUGCGAAGUGUGAUAGCUGCGGCAAGUUCGGGCAUAUAAAUCUGAGAUGUCCUACCUUACAGUCUGAAUCAAAAGCUGGUACUUCCAGGAAAUCUCAGAAGAAUAUAAGGCCGCCUAGUAAAGACCCCAAACCUAGGAGGACUUCAAGACCUGGCAGAUCAAGAAGUCAAAGGAGGAAAAGAUCACAGGCUCGUAGUACUAUGGUUGAGGACAAAUCUUCAAUUGAGGCCCAAGUAGAAGAUUCUGAUUUUAAUCCUACUGUCCACAAUGUUGACCUCCCACCAGACCCACCUGAUGAGGCGGCUCCCGCUCAUGAGCUAGAGAUACAACAUGAUGUGGAAUUGCUAACUCAGGAUUUAGAGCCAGGAGAGUUUGUGAGACCUACUCUUGUGGAGGAAGAGGUUAUAGAUAAGGAAGACGAGAUCAAAGAGAUAUCCAGGCCAGCGUUCUAUCUGGACAGGGGGGGUUACAACACAACAGUGGUCGUUACCCAUAGCGGAGGAAAAUCAGGAACUCAUCCUCAGGAACACACUGAUGCAGAGGCAUCUUCUCCUUUUCUUCUGGUUAACAACCGGAAGAGUGGCCGCAAGGUCACACGUCACUAA